AUGAAGUUACUUGCAUCACAUAAUGGUGCAUCACAAAAUGAACUUGAACAUCUAUAUUAUCAACACUCUAUAUGUGAUGAGUUAAAGCUUCGUCAACUUAUUGAAAGAGAUAAUUUACGCACACGAAGACAAGUAGGUCCAUGGACGACAGUGCAUGAGUUGGUAACUAAUGUAUUGAAGCAAAAAGGUGUUGUAUUGUAUUACCAACAACCAGACACAAAUGCACCCGAAAAUAGUUCAGAGAAAUAUUAUCAACUUAUUCUGAGUGAUAAUUUAUGGCUUCAACAAGCACAUGACUUUGGUUUCUUUUGCUUCGGUAUCGAUGGCAAGUACGAUUUAAACAGUGACAGGGCUCCGAUUUUGUCUCUAGUUGUUGAAGAUAAUACAGGAUAUGGAAUGCCAAUUGCAUUUGAAGUAUCAAACAAAGAAAAUAACUAUACUAUUAGACUUGCCAUAGAGGCAGUUCAACGAAAUGUUCCAUGCAAUAAUUUUGACUGUUUACAUGAGUAUCAUUAUGAAAAACUAUCAAAUGGCAAAGAAUUUAUAAGAGUUCGGAAUUGUGCACCAAUAUGGCAACUAUUUGCAAUGAUCGAUAAACAUUGA